AUGGAGCAGGGCAGCUAUUCUAUGUAUGAUGACUUUGUCCUCCGGAACGGCCGCUUUCCCUGGCUCCUUUUUGUCCUCAUCCUCCUGGGCUUUGCCAUUUCCAUAGCCAGCAGCACCACCAUGAUCACCGUCAUCCACCGGGACCCCCGACUCCACCCCAUGUACUUCCUGCUCCGCCAGCUCACGCUCCUGGACCUCCUGUACAUCUCCACCAUCGUGUCCGAGGUGCUGGUGGACCGGAUGGUGGGCCAGCGGGCCAGCUCCUUCGCAGCCUGCACUGCCCAGCACUUCCUCUACUUGACCUUAGCAGGUGCCGAGUGCUUCCUGCUGGGCCUGAUGGCCUAUGACCGCUACGUGGCCGCCUACCACCCCCUCCGCUGUCCUGCCCUCAUGAGCCGCAAAGUCUGCUUACUCAUUGUGCUGGCAGCCUGGCUGGGAGGGUCCGUAGAUGGCUUCUUGCUCACACCAGUCACCAUGCAGUUCCCUUUCCGUGUCUCUCGGGAAAUCAACCACUCCUUCUGUGAGGUCCCCACCCUACUGAAACUCUCCUGCAUGGUCACCUCGGAUUAUGAGACGGCCAUGUGUGUCUGCUGCAUCACCAUGCUCCUCAUCCCUUUCUCCGUCAUCUCAGCCUCUUACACAAGGAUUCUCAUCACGGUCCACAGGAUGAGUGAGGCAGAAGGGAGGCGAAAGGCAGUGGCCACUUGCUCCUCACACAUGGUAGCUGGCAGCCUGUUCUACGGAGCCACCAUGUACACCCACAUGCUGCCUCACUCUUACCACACACCCGAACAGGACAAGGCUGUGUCUGCCUUCUACACUAUCCUCACUGCCCUUCUCAACCCACUAAUCUACGGCUUCAGGAACAACGAUGUCACAGGGACCCUACAGAAGGUGCUGGGGAGGUGCUUGCCCUCAAGAAGGACAACCACCUUCUAA